AUGCACUGUGCCAUUAGUGGUCAACAGGCCUUCUUAUUGGAGAACGUUCCCUGCACAAACAUCAGCUGCCACAGCGUCGGAAGGAUGUUCCACAUCCACUGGGACCAGUCAGAUUUGGGAGCCAUCCAAAAUGCCGUUAUGGCAACGUUCUUUGACAUCUAUGAGGAUGGUAUAUUAGACAUGCUGGUUCUGAGCCAGGCACCAGGCAAAAAUGAUUUGAUCAUCCAUGCUUUAAAGAACAAUUUCGAAGCUGAUGCCUACUUCGUUAAAGUGAUGGUGCUCAGCGGCCUCUGCUCCAAUAACUGCCCGGAAGACGUGAACGCCUUUGGUGUUAACCAGCCAGGUCCCUAUGUCAUGUACACUACUAUGGACUCCAAUGGCUAUAUGAAAAACGCCUCAGCCGGGCAGUUGAGCCAGUCGGCUCACUUCUCCCUCCAACUGCCUUACACUGUGCUGGGGCUCGGACGCAGCGCCAACUUCCUGGACCACCUUUUUGUUGGCAUCCCCCGGCAGCCUGGAGAGACGGACAUAAGGAAGAAGGAGUGGACGGCCAUCAUUCCCAACUCUCAGCUUAUCGUCAUCCCGUUCCCACACAACCAGCCUCACAGUUGGACUGCUAAACUGUACCUGACUCCAAGCAACAGUGUGUUGCUGACGGCCAUCGCGCUGAUCGGAGUGUGUGUCUUCAUCCUUGUCAUUAUUGGCAUCCUCCAUUGGAAAGAGAAGAAAGCAGAUGACCGAGAGAAGAGACAGGAAGCCCACCGUUUCCACUUUGACGCCAUGUGAAGGCAGAGAGAAAGAACUGCAUCAUGGGAGAGCAUCCCAACCUGUGCUCCUUUACCUAACCCCACCCCCCCACCCCUCUUCUUCACACACACUUUUUUUUUUUAACACGGAAUCGUUUCAAGGGCCAAUAAGUGGAUCCUCAUUUGCACCAAAAAAUGUUUAUUUUUCUUUUUUGAUAUUUUGCAGUCCUUACAGUAAGUCGGGUGUGAAAAAUGUAUACUCCGUUUCAUUCCAGAGUUAGAAUUACAGGAGCUGCAACAAGGCCAUUGAGAUGGAGAGAGAAAGCCUAAUGAAGAUCACUGGGACUUAAAAGUUUCUUUGUAUUGGCUGUAGAUUUCUGUUGAAAUGCCCAUCACUUUGCUCACAGUGAAACUUGAAAUCUGUGAGAAUGUAUUAAUGUUAAUGUCCAUUGUCUUUGUCCUGUUGAUUUUUUUUUCCUUCAGAAUCCUUCAGAUUUUAUUACUGGGGAAUUGAAACUGAAGGGAAUUCUGUGAUAUCGAUCUCAUCCUGGUUCAAAGUGAACAAACGUGAACUUUUUCUUUUUCUUUCCCACUCGCUGUCAUGUUUUCAGAGAGCACUUGAUUGUAUCACAGUCAACAUAGAAGUGCCAAAAAGGAGUUUUUAUGUUGCAUCUUGCAAAUGUCUAAAAUGGCCGUGCCACAGUUCCCGCACGGCUGCGUCACAUUUGUGCAUGUGCACACAAGCCUGUGGUUCCAUUCAUACUCAAACAAAAGUCCACGUCAGUGAAGUGUUUUAAUCGCGUGCAUUUAGCUGCAAUUUCUCACCGGGAAAUCACCCUCAUUUGAGUUUUACACGUGUGGGUAGCGGCAGACUUCCUCAUAUAACCUCAAGCACGUUUCCAUAGUUACCGACUUCUUUGUUAUCUCUUAUGACCAAGAUAAGGGCAGAAGGGCACCAACAGGACUGGAAAGUGUUUUGGUGCAGGGAGCGUGCACAGUCAGCACAUAAGGGCCAACGUGGAAUUCAUGUCACGCCGGGGCCUCGUGGAGCUCUACAUGGACACAGAAGUUUGACCUGAUGCUACUGCGACUGCUCGUCCACCAAGGCUCGGCCAAGAGUCUGAACACUGUUGUUUCGAGAUGUCUGUUGUAAUAUUUGAUGUUUUUGUUUUGAAGUUAUUCAGGCCAAGUGCUCUGCUGUGUCCACAUAUUUCAUAACAAUGAGCUCAUGCUUUUCCAGAUGGUUUGCACUUUUUAAAAAAAAUUGUGAUUAACAUUAGUUUGUGUGUGUGCGUGCGUAAUUUAUUCUGUGUUGUGAAUGCUAAAGCUAACAAACGUGUCUUGAAUAAAAGUUUAAAUUGA